UUGUGUGUGUAUAGUGCACGCCCUCUCCGACGAUCUCCAUUUUACUACCAAGACGUGUGCUUAUAUAUUGAUAGAUACUACAUAUUUCAGACAUUUUAACGGAAUCACCUGUAAUUAGUGAACCAGGUACAUCUGCUCCAAGAUGGCGACCGCUGCGGACAACGCAGACGCCGGUGACAUGACGAAGAGAAGUUUGAUUGUGGACGAAGCUGCAUUUGAAGAGCAGUUCCUUCGCUGUCACAUAUGUAAUGAACGGUUUGACCAGUCGGAGCGUCACCCCAAGUCACUCCCCUGUAACCAUACCUUCUGUCUACCGUGUCUGAAACAAGUAUUUGAUCACAAUCAACAGAACCAACGUCGGUCAGUGGCGUGGCUGGACGAGAACUUCGAAGGAGUACUCAAAUGUCCAGAAUGCAGAGUCGAAAUAUUCUUGAGCCGGAGCGAGAUUGAUGCUCUCCCAAGAGACCAUCGCGUCAUACAAAUGAUGGAUUUUCUGUCGACAGUACAAGCAAAAUCUCAGAAUGUUUGUUCAAAACACGAGAAUCAACCGCUGAACUUUUUCUGUAAAUACUGUCUGAUUCCCGUGUGCCGAGACUGCACAGUGCUAGACCACAAAGAACAGCAAGGCCACAACAUUGUGGAUGUAUCGGAAGCUUUAAAUGAAAGCUCGAAUGAUUUUGAUGUAAUUGAAAAGAAAAGUAAAGACUUGCUCAGUAAGAUGAAAGGUCGGACAGAUUCCCUGGCUAACGCGUCCAAACAGCUUGACUUACAAGAACGCCAGCUGAAGAGCUCCAUUAAGGACACUUUUAUAGAAUAUCGUCUUUUGCUGGAAAGGCGACAGGAGGCACUGAUCAGGAUUCUGCGCGAGUCGGUUCAGGAGCAAAAACAAAAGAUCAAUACACGAUUUGUGGACAUUUGUACACAAGGGUCAGACUUACAAAAACUAUACGACACUUUCAAAACGGCGCGUGCAAGCAACGACAUUCGGCAACUAUUUACCGUGCAACAGCAGGUGAAGGAAAAGGAAACAGAGUUCACAUGUACAGCCGAAGCAAACGACGAUGAAAUAUUCAUCGGUUGCAAAUUCAAUAACCCAAGUGAAUUAGGAUUUUUGUCAGAGAUGAGUGGAUUGGGUGAGGUUGUGACAGAGCAAAACUUUGACUUAAAGAACCCAGUUCCCGCUCACCAACUGGUGUUACUGGAUAGCUGGGAGCGUCCCCAAUAUUAUGCGGAUGAGGGCGACGUACCGGAAGUAUUAGAAGGCGAGGAAGGAGAGACGUCUACAUCACGGGAAACCUCUAGGGUGACCUCGUCGAGAACAACCCCGUCUAGAACAGCUAGGAUCAGCACGUCAAGGGGAGGUCGGGUGUCUUCGCGAACUCCAGAUAGUGCUAACUCAUCAGUUCUUGCGAGACUAACACGUCGUAACCUACAGUCGACGCUAUUGGAUCCAACCAACGUCGACGUAGAGGAAUAUGUACAGCCGCUCGACAAUGACGAAGAAAGACAUGCGCGGGAGGCCCUCGCGUCAACCUACCUCAUGAGGAUUGCUAACCGCCUUAACGAAAGUGCCGAGGAAAUGGCUGAGGCUUUAAGACAAGGAGAUGAACCUUCGUCGACCACAAAUGAGGAGGAGGAAGGUAGUCCGACGUCACGUCAUACUUCCGGUACUAGUAGAGGAGGAUCGUCCUCUCGAGCCUCAAGGUCACCACAGAGCGGAGUGAGAGUCGUGAGGCAUCCUACUCCUCCAACUACGCAUGCGUCAACAAGAGACCAUGGAUCGCAUGGAUACAGCUCCAAUAGAUACAGUAAUAAUUAACACUUGUUGGGCUAACAUUUAAGAUACGCAACAUUAAUUAAUGAAAAGAUAAUUGUUGGCAAGGUUAUGGUAUUUAGACAUACAGUAUAUGAGGUAACUACCAGUUGAAGGCAUUAUACAAUUGGAGACAGAAAUGAAUCAUAAGGCCCGGUUUGUAGAUGGAAAAAGACAGAAAAGAGCACAUAUUACGCCAAGUAUGGACAUGGCUAGGUUCCUAUAGUUACAGAUUAAAACAGAUUCUCCAUAUUGGAGAAUGAGCAUUUAUCUCUAUCAUAGUCUGAUAGGUCGACAUGUAUGUUGACAUUUCGCGUCUGUUGCAUUGAUAUGAUUAAUAUAGAUAUGUUAAAAUGAAAGUGGUAGCGGUAGGUUUUGGGUGUUCUUGGGUUGGAUGCUAGUGUUUUUUUACUUUCUACGGAGUGUGUUGUUUGGAAGCUAGUAAAGAUCUAAAAUUCCUGCUUUUGAUAAGUUGCUUUGGUUGACGAUUUGUGAUACUGUGUACCGUCACUGACCCGAAAUGUGAUCGAUGUCAUGGUGAUAGCUUAAUGUUACAAUUCAGGGUGGUACCAAGGGAUUGUGUUUGGUUACAUGGUGCUGACGGACAGAUAUGGGUGUUACCACAGGGAUUCCAUGGUCCAUAAAUAUAUAUAGAAAAAGAUUGACAAACGACGACUGGCAAACGACUUUGUCAUUCUUUUUUUUUCUAUAUUUUAAACCGGAAAUUUUGAAAUUGCAUUUAUAAAUUGACCGUGGGUUGGAAAUUCGUGUCAAGUCCCUGCGGAUGUGAUAUUUACAAUGGCAUGACAUUUGUGAUUUUAAACUGUUAAUCUAGCUUCAUCAAGUAUGGUUUGGUGACAGUGCGCGAACAUUGUCGGAGCUUUAAAAAAAAAGACGAAAAAUACGUUGAUAUGAAGCAUUUUCCAUUUUACGUAGAGAAAUCCUGACAUUGCUUAAUUAAAAGUUACUUUACAGCCAUUUUUAAACCAUUAAAUUCUAUAUUCCAUCAAUGAUGACAGUCGCUAUAUGUUAUAUUUCAAUGAUAUGUUCUAGUAAUCACAGGGACUUGGUUCUAACUGCUAACCUAUGGUCCAUAUAUAUGUAUAUGUACCACAGGGACUUGUGACGUUCCUGUGACAGAAUGAAAAAAUAAUUCCAGGGUCCGACCACUAUAUCAUCACUUUUUGAUCUAAUGUAAGACAAUUGGGUUAAUUUAUCAUUCUGGAUCAUAAGAACGUGUCAAGUCCCCGUGCUUGUAAUGCAUAUAUAUAUUUAUACAUCGUGGGUUGUGAAUUCGUGUCAAGUCCCUGUGCAUGUGAUACAUAUAUAUAGAUCGUGGGUUGUAAAUUCGUUUCAAGUCCCUGAUGAUGUAAUGAGCGUCCAGAAGCAUUACAGUUGUUUAGCAUUACAAGAAUAUGUUGUUUUGUUGGCUUUGUUGGCUUUGUUAUUUUUACUAUGGGCUCGUAUAAUGAGAAAACGUCAGUGCCUAUUAUAAUAAUACUCCUAAGGAGAUCGCAAACUUUUGUUGGCUAUGAAAAAUAUUAAAAUGAUUUAGACUUGUU